UGUACAAUCUAUGCAAGCAUGCUUAGUCAGUCGCCACUGCUGCGAGGGGAACUUCAUUUUCACCGAAUCAUCUUCUCUUCCAUCCUUGCACCAUGCUCCCACACCACCUCCAGAUCUCGUCUUUUCAGUACUCCAGGAUCUUAUGCCAUCUAAAAUGCCUGCAGCAUGUCAACCCUGUCCCACGACACGUUGGAAACGCAUUUGGCGCCGGGUUCAGCUGAAGUCUGCUCACUUUCCCUCUACCUCUUGGUCAGCAACGGUUUGUGCAUUUUCCUCUCUUUAUGCUGCUUGAAAACGUUGCUUUGAUAUCCAGUGAUCGUUCAUUUCAUUCGAGUCUCCGCGAACUUUCUGGCGUAGUGCACCCACGUCUUCGUUAACGGACUCUUUUAUCCCAUAUGCUGCUAAAGUAAUGGUCCAAGCAUGGCGCCUGUUCCCUGUUGCAAGGUCCUCUUCAUUCCUUAUCGAACCUCGUCCUCCUCCCCUUCCUCGUCUCCGGAAGGUCCCAAAGGUGCGACGCGAAUAUCGCAGCAGAAGCAUGCUGCCCUGGAAUAUCACAGGAGGUUGAAGUUGGAACGUCUUGCGACAUUUGAUGGUGCCAUUCAGUCUCAGCAACGCAGGGAAGUCGAGAAAGACACACAACAAACGCAAACUUCUUUGAAGCGACCGCUGUGCCCUCGAAGUCAAAGUAGGACGACUGAUGAUGAGGAUCAAAUCAAACGUCCGUCGCUUCACAUAUGGGAUAUAGGAGUUGGUCGGUUCGAUCCGUUCAAUGUCUCGGUUCCCCAAGAUACAAGCCCCUAUGGACUGGAAAUGUUAGACCAUGCGAGCUCAUCCCAAUGGCCUGUCUUCUCAACCUCCAAAACGGUCGUGUCGGUAAGCAACAUCAAGAGGGCAAUUCUCGCGUGCGCCAUGGCCAGUCCUUCGUCAUUCUACACCAUCAUCUUCGCCGGUGCAACGCACAAUGCAUUUGUUCAUACAAAUGUGGAGGCAACACAGGAGAACAGAAUGCUUCGGCUAUCAUACAAGUAUCAAGCCCUCCGAGCCCUGCAAAAAGAAAUCCAGGCCCUGGAUGGCGAACCGUCGGACGAGUUACUCUUGUCUAUCCUCGCUUUGUGUGCCCACGGUUCCGCUGAGUUAUUGACUCCACCGAAGAAAGCGACGUCGAGUGCUUUGUCCAACGCACAAAACUUCCAAUAUUACGGCAGCAUGGCAUUCGAGAUGGCGCAUCUCAAAGCACUGGCCGUGCUACUUGAGCGAAAGGGUGGUCUUCAGAAAGUGAAGAUGCCGGGUCUGGCGCAGGCAAUACAACUUGCUUUUACCUUCGUCGCCUUCGAGCUCCUCAGUGAACCGUACAUCCCGUUACUUGUACCUACGAGCCUCGUCAUGUCCACAUGGCCGAUUCCGACCAUAUCUCUCAGCCGUGGUCAAAACGAUCUGUGCACCGGUUUCGAAACCUUAUCGAGCAUACUGACUCCAUUACCAUUAUUUACUGUUAUUCAGAACAUUCGUAUAAUCACGAUCGGAUACUCAAUGUAUACCUCUGGCCAUCCGCAAGCACCGUCGCUGGCCCGUAUGGUCUGGGCUCGUAACAGCGUCCAGCAUGACCUCCUGUCACUCGCUGAACCUUCAGCAGAAGUCAUGGGCGACUCCGAAGCUGCUUUGUACAAGCUCAUUCGACUCAGCACUCUGGCAUACAUGGUCUUGGUCUUGUUUCCUCUUCCUCGCUUCGCAGGUGUUCACGCCAAGCUUGCGCCACAAUUAAUUUCUUCUCUUGAUGAAUGUACAGGACUUGGGCUCUGGGAUGAGUAUCCAGGCCUGCUGCUCUGGAGUACCAUCCUCGGCGGUAUCCUAAGCGACUGUGAUGGCGAGGAUGAUCCAGGCUCGAGCCCGUCUUCGCAGUGCGACGAGGAAGCCGCCAUGCUACCUUCACGCUUUGUGAGAAUGACCACGUUGGCUGGUGUUAAGCAUCAACCGAGCGCAUGGGGUUUGGUUAAGGACAUGUGUGGCAGAUUCUUAUGGUUUGAAGGAGACGAAUGUGAAGGCCAGGGUAAGGCAUUCUGGAGGUUAACAUGCGAGACCGUCCUCGCUGAUACAUGAAAAUUGAAGUUUCG